GCCGCCGCCGCUGCCGCAGCUGCUGCCGUCGCUGCCGCUGUUAUUGCCGUCGUCAUCGUCGCGACACGUAGUACGUCGCCGCCGUCGUCGUCGUCGUCCUCGUCGUCACCCACGCUGUUGUCGUUGCCGUCGCCGUCGCCGUCGUCGUCGCCGUCGCCGUGUUGCCGCAACGUUCGUCCAGGUCGCGCGUGCCUCGCCGUCAGCGGCUCGUACCGACGUUCAAACCCCGCUGAAGUUUGACAUUUCCGGCUCGUCGGAAACGCAUCGCGCGCGCCAGAGAGAGAGAGAGAGAGAGAAAGUAGCGAGAAAAGGAAGAGCGAGAAAGUGAACAACGCGAGAGGAGACCAGGAAAGAAGAGAGAGAGAGAGAAAGUUGCAGCGCGCGCAAAAUUGAGAAAAAAGCCGAGAGAGCUCGUGUGAUCGGGGAAAGCUGAUUAUGAGUUGGAACGUUGGUGCAACGGCGGUUCAGCAAACGCGAACCGGCUAACGCGCGAGAGAGGGAGAGAGAAAGAGAGAGAGAGAGCGAGAACGGUCGUUUUUUUCAUUCGUGAUACAACUCGCACGGAUACCGUAACAUACCGUCGUCCGUGCACGCGUCGUGUUCGUGAAAAGUACAAGCGGGAUUUUGCAGUAAAGUGUGCGAUAAAGAUAUACGAGUCCCCAGAGACACGCAGUUUUCGGAACAGUGGUGUUCGAUACAUACUCGCGGGAUACAAGUGGCCGGCAGGAGAAGUUUUUAUUUGGUGUUUUUUUUUUGUUCAUUGGUGACGAAAGAUCCCGAAGAGAGAAAGAGUUAUCGAGAACGAUUCCCGUGUCAAGGUGAUCGACAACAUCGCGGCAACAUCGUGCCCACCGAACCUACUGCGUGUUCCAGAGCAAGAACAGCAGGAACUGGAGUUCGACCGCGCGGGAGGAGCCAGCAGCGCGCCGAAUAAAUGACGUAAAUCCGAGGAACGGAAGCGCAACGUCACUCGCUAACUCGCAAUUCUCUCCUCUCCUCUCCCCGAUCCCCCCACCCCGCCCUGCCUUACCCCCCCGGAAACCUCCCUCUCUCUGUCUCGUCGUUUCCGCGCCUUCCCUCCUGGAAUACCCCUGCCCCCUCUUUCGUUCGGGUCCGAUCCCGACACGACCCGAACCCCAAGCGCGACCCAGCCACCGGACCUUUGCCCUCUCUCGUCGCCCCGUACGUCCGCUUUGUCGCGCCCGUCGUCUUUACGCGCUUACAACACCACUCUCUUACCCCUCCCGUUGGUCGUUCGUCUCCGUUACCGAUCUCUCUUCGCACGCUUCUUCAUCGGCAUCCGCGUCCGUCGUCUCCUUUCCCGGGCAUCCCGCCCCCGGAAUUCCGAAAUAACCGACUCGCACGCCGACAGGACGGCGCGUAAGGGUUUCCUCCACCUUUUCACGCACGGAGCGACCCUUCUUUCUCCCACCCUCGUCUUCUUCUACUUCAUCGACAGCAGCGGCACCGAUAGACCACCGUGGUGAACACGGUCCUGCUCCUUCGCUGCAUCCGACUACCAACACCAACGUCCUCGUUGUACUCCUUCCAGUAGAUUCGCCAUCGCGAGAAACACGCGUUGGCUGGAAACCGGCUUGAAGGACGCCACGAGACCGGCUUUUCGAGACACGCAUACGUAGGCAAAACACACAUACGUAAACGUACACGCGCGCACGUCGGUACACCCUCAGCAGCGACCAACUGGCAGCCUCCUGUGUGUAAUAAAGGAAGAGGAGAUACGCGUACAAAAGCGCGCGCAUCUAGAGAGCACACUCCUCUUGGUCGACGUUUAGCUUCGAAGGCUUUCAAGCUUUGCCCGACUAUUACCACUACGUCCUUGGCUUCUCGAGUGCUGCGUGCUGCAAGAUCAAGGGAAGAUAGAGGAAGUAUAGAGCGAACGAGGAGUCGAUAGACGAGAUCGACGACCUUCGCCAUCGCCUCGUCGCGAAGCCAGGAGAGUAUAGCGGCUGUGCCAUCUCGCCUAAAAUCGACCGGAGCCUAAUCGCUGUCGAUAUAUAACUUCACCCUCGUCUUCUCGCUUCUUUUCCCCUUUUUUCUCGGUGAGAUAUCCUCUCCUUUCCUCCCUUCGCCUAUAGACAUCCGGCUUUCACACCCACUCGGAGAUUAUCGGAGCGGAAAACGCGUGUGCCACGUCAACCUCCUACGCCAACGGCCUACGAGAGCAAAGAAUCUCAAAAUUGCUAACCAUCGACGACGCCUAAACCCGCCGCCGCGAUCCUACGAUUAAUUCGCCGCGACGCGGAAUCAAUAACGGCCCGGAGAGACACGACGCUGAUAAGCCACGCUCGAAACAGCCGACGUUGCUGAUAAACGUCGACGCUCCGCGAGACGACGAUUCGCCGAAAUAUCACGCGGCAACAACAACGACGAGAGCCAAGCGCGACUUUAACGCGAGGAAGAUCGAGAUCGCAAGAGACCCAGUAAGUGAUUUCCCACGCGGAGGAUCCACGCACAAGAGACAGUUGCGGGUCGUCGCUAGGCGCGUACAUGAGACAUUAAGAACGUCGAGCAUCGUGCUUAAACGGAAGAUCUGCCGUCUGUAAGGUAUAAUUAGUUUGAAGUAGUUGAACGACUCCGAGGCACACGCGGGAUUUCGCGUUUCUCUGUACGUGUAGAAGGUGAUUGAGAGAGAGAAAGAGAGAGAAAGAGAAGGAACGAAUGAGCGUGUGCACGUGAGCGAAUGGUAAGAGAGAUCGACGAGACAGGGUGAAAGCGGAACAAGGGUGGACGUUGCGAAAUCCCGCGAGCGACUGCCGACGAGCUCGUGUCGCGAGUUGCGAUCGUAUCCCAUAAACCGAAACGUAUAUAUCCUUGGCAAGAUCAGUCGACGCGAGUGCACGCGACCGGGGAAAAAGGCGCCGAUCAUCACGCGAGGAGGAGUUUAGGAAGGAAGAGUGGGAGAGGGAGAGGAGAGUUAUCGGUGGUGAAUUCGGUGGUGGAGAGUCCCGGGACUUUCUCUCUCUAACGGUAGAGGUCAACGCACGAACGGGGGAUUCUUCGGUCUUCCAGGAGUGGAAGAAUGGCAAUGGUCAACAUGAAUAACCUACUGAACGGCAAGGACUCGCGGUGGCUGCAACUGGAGGUCUGUCGGGAGUUCCAGCGCAACAAGUGCACCAGGCCCGACACGGAGUGCAAGUUCGCCCAUCCGCCAGCUAACGUCGAGGUGCAGAACGGACGGGUCACCGCCUGCUACGACAGUAUCAAGGGUCGAUGUAAUCGAGAGAAGCCACCUUGCAAGUAUUUCCAUCCCCCGCAGCAUCUGAAGGACCAGCUCCUCAUAAACGGGCGCAACCACCUAGCGCUGAAAAACGCACUGAUGCAGCAGAUCCAGCAGGGCCUCACGCCGGGUCAACCCCUCGUGCCCGGCCAGGUACCCACAGUGGAGGCACCAGCACCUCCGGCACCACACCAUCACCUUCAACAGCAAAUCCAGCAGCAACUUCUCGCUACCCACGCCUUUAUGGCGACGAAUCCGUACCUGACCGGUAUGCCGCAGGUUGGCAACACGUACAGCCCGUACUUCGCGCCCAGCCCGAUAAUGCCGGCGAUAAUGGGCCCGGCGGACCCAACGGGCGUCGGCAGUCCUCUCGGCGUGGUGCCGCAGACGGUGGCGAUGCCGCAGAAGAUGCCACGUACCGAUCGCCUCGAGGUAUGUCGCGAGUUUCAACGCGGGGCGUGCAAACGCGGCGAGACGGAGUGCCGGUUUGCGCACCCCCUCGAGACGGUGCAGGCGAACGAGGACGGCUCUGUGACGGUCUGCAUGGACGCUGUCAAGGGCCGAUGCAAUCGGGACCCCUGCCGCUAUUUCCACCCCCCUCUGCACCUUCAAGCCCACAUUAAGGCCGCACAAUCUCGGGCUAGCAUUGCGACGGCGACGAUGCCGACGAGUGUGGCGGGAAUGGGUGCGUUGGCUGGCGGAAUGUCAGGAGUUCCGGCAACUGCGAUGCCCGGAGGACUGCAGAGCGCCAGUAUGGCGAGCAUCGAGCUCGGCAAGAAGCGGAUGCGCGACUCCAAUGAUGAUCUGCUAAUGAUGGACAUGAAGUCUGUCGGGUCGUUCUACUACGAGAACUUUGCCUUCCCAGGGAUGGUUCCGUAUAAACGACCGGCGGCCGACAAGUCCGGCGUGCCGGUCUAUCAGCCUACCGGCGCGACGACCUAUCAGCAGUUAAUGCAGUUACAGCAGCCCUUCGUGCCUGUGUCAUGUGAGUACACUGGAACACCACCCCUACCCACCCAAACCUCUAACCAAUCGGUCGUGCAACCCUCGAACGUGCAAAGCAACCACCACGCGAUGGUGGUGCAAUCCUCCUCCUCCUCCUCCCAGGGAGCCGCCGGCGCCACAGUCAAUAACUGCGCCGACGCCAACAAUGGCGUGCUGAUGGAUCCCUGCAACAAUCCGCCGCCGCCGCCUCCGACCGCUGACAAUAACAGUAACAAUAGUAAUGGCAAUAACAAGCAGUCGGUUACUACGCAGAAUCAUGAUGUUGAAAAUGCGCGUAACUCUCCCGAAUUGAAUCAUUCGCGUCCGUCGUCGUCGCUGCAGCAACAACAGCAGCAGGUACAGCAGCAUCAGCAACAACAGCAGAUCAAUCAGCUGGCUCUGCCACCAGCGAUGAGUCCGUUGACUUCGAUGGCCGGCCUGACGUCGAUGCCCAGCAUGGUGAACAUGGCCUCGAUGGCCUCUAUGGCCUCUAUGGCGAACAUGUCGUCUAUAACGAAUAUGAGCUCCAUAGGCAAUUAUAACGCUGCUUCCAAUAUGGCGGGUCUAAACAUGCUCAACAGUCUUGGAAUGACAGCCUCCGGUUUACCAGCCUCUCUCGAUCCCGCGGCUCUCGCCAAAGAGGUCGCCCAGAAAAAUUACGCCAAGGCUAUUAAGAUGUCGCAAGCCUCUCAGUCUUACGGCCUCAGCCAACUGGCCGCGCUCAAUUACACCGGCGUCGCUCUCAACAAGCAGAAUCACCUCAUGAAUCCCGCCGCCGGGAAUCCCGCGGUGGCCGCUGCCGCCGCCGCCGCCGCUGGUCUGCAGGCCACCGCGGCGACUCCCAGACCUGUCAUCUCGAGCCUGGCCGGUAUCCCGAGCGCUCUGACCUCACCGCUGUCGGCCGGUAUCCUGGCGUACUCGAGACCGCCACCCACGGCCACCCCGAUUAAUCCAUAUUCCCUGAUCAGGCAGCAGAUCUUGCCGAAUCCCUAUGUCCAAGCUGUUCCCGGUGCCGCGACCAUGCAGACCAAUCCCUACGUCCAGAAUCCGUAUGCCGUUCUACCCGGAAUGGCCGGCGUACCCGGUGUAUCGGCCGUCCCGCAAAUGCCGCAGAUAGGCAACCCGGCGACGAUAGCCGCACAGCCACAAGUAGCGAUCCCGGUCAGCUCCGGGGUGAUUAUGCAGCCGUACAAGAAGAUGAAGACAUCGUAAAGAUCCUUGACCGCCGGCUCGGGAGGACCCGUCUCCUCUCGCGAGAAAGUACUGUUCCUUUCCCCCUCUGGGCACCUCCCGUUCUCUCCCUCGCGUGAACGAGCGUGAUCGAUUCCGCAAUUAGUCACUACGGAUAAUGAUUGCCGUUAGCGCGAUAUAUUUUAGAUAAUUUUAGAAUUAAAAAGAUCUUUACGAUUAGCAGAAACGCGAUGUAUCGUAACAAUGAUUACGUUACAGUGAGUAGAGUUUUGCGGUCGUAUCUUGUAGGAUAAUCUUAGUCGGUAUCAGAUUGUACUGACUAUAUCUAGACAUAAUCGCGGUUACAUAAGCUUUGCUUUACAAAAUUAAUAAAAUACAUUAAAUCUAUAAUUCGAAAUAAUUAUUUGAUACUUGUGUUUGCGCGAAACCAGAUGGGAAUUAGUCCUAGAAUGUUAUAGCUUUCUCUAUAAACUUCAUGACGGAAUUCAAUGAAUUCCCCUUUCAUUUGUUGUUAUUUGACUUUACUAUUUUUUUUCCUGAUAGAAAUAAAUUCCUUAUUUAUAUGUUCUUUGUGUAAUCUUACAAAAAUGUCGAUUUGCAAUUUGUUAGCUUUAAUUUUUGUCAAAAAAUUGCGUAUUUUUUAAUCUUCGACUGUAACGAUAGUGCAACGAGAAAUGUAGUAAGACAAGAGUGCAGUUCUAAGAUUAAUCUCCAUCAUCGGUGCUCAAGAAGCGAGAAAUCGAUCAUUGUUCGCGAGAGGGACAGACUGUUUAGCUGAGCGACUGCAAAGCGAGAGGUGAAAUGCUGGUAUAUAAAAAAGAAAAAAAAAACAAGUUCCGAAAAUAGAUUCAUUUUCUAGUCAGACAUUGUCGGUAAAGUGCCUUAUCGACCCGAUUCCAUUUGGAGCGUUUCGAGCGUACAACCGCAAAAGAGAACGGUAAACAACGCGAGGAAGUGCGAGAUUUUUUCCCGCCGCAUUAAUUACUUGCCCGAAUGAGGAGACAUGAUUAUAUCGUUCCGAUUUUGUUACUAUCGAAGUGAAUCUGAAACGACUGGCCGAUCGAGAUCGCGUUCGAAAGAGGGGCGGGAGAGUCUGCGAAACAUCGAGCGUGGCCGAAAGAAUUGCAGAUGAUAUCAAUUGCCUAUUUUAUUUGCUUUUUUUCUUAGAAUAAUGGCGAUAUUUUGCGCAAAUAUGUAGAAAUAGUUUAGCUUUGCCGUUUUAAUUAGCGUUAUUUUACCACAGAGACCAUCGUUAAAAGUGUUAUGUGUCGUUUCGCGUGACUGUUUCGUUCUUUUUUUUUUAAUAAGAUAAAUUGUAAAUAAGUCAAUAUAUUUGCGUCGUAAGAUUGACGCCGCAAUAUUUUUAUUUCGGAACUAUAUAAAUUUCUGUGUUAUAGUCAUUCGUCCAAAUUUUAACACGUAACGUCCGUCAGAAGGAAGAUGAAAACAACGCUCGGCCUAUGUCACGUUAUGUGCGAUACUUGCCUUUAAGCAUAAUGUUAAUCAGCGAUCAGAUUCUUGAAAUGAUUAUUAUGCGAAGUUAGAUUAUUUUAUUAGAUUUAUUUGUUUAUGUAAUGUAAUAAUACGUUCGAAAUCUUUUAUUUGCUUGUUUAUCGCGGAACAAGGUUAAAUAAUCGCGCAAAUCAUUGUCGCAUUUUUAAUGUUAUGUAGUACAUUUAAAAGAAAAACUGGUUUCUUUGUUAUAUAAAUAUAUCCGAGAUAUAUUUUGGAUUAUAUACGAGGCUCAUACAAUGCCGUGAUAUCUUUGUUAAUGUUUAGAGAGUUGUUUUAAAAUUUUUAUUGAUUUGACUUGUAUUUCUUUCCGUUUAGACUUAAGGAUAUAUUAUGUCUAUAUAUGAUAACAUACAUUUCCUAAAAGUAUCUUGCACAUCGACGAGUAUAAACCCGACCGGGAGGAUUUCCGGCGGGCCUUUAUUUGUCUUAUAUAGUAUUCGUAAAAUUUAGGAUAGUCGUUUGUUUUAGUUAGCGUAUCUAUAUAUCUUUAGCGUAAGCGUGCUCGAACACAACGUACUCUUCUGUCCUGAUGGAUUCAAUUCGGGGGAGUCUGUUGCACAAAGUGAACUUCGUCAAUUCGCGAUCUACGAGCUUAUGCAUUUAGCCGAAUGAGAGAAGUAACAGACGAGAAAAAAAACCGGAAAAUUGCGGAUCCGCGGAAUACGCGGAUGCAAUUUACGUGGAAUUCGAUGGAGAAAGGAGGGAAUACAAAAAAAUGGUCUAAUCUUGCAUGGAGGCGGUGAGACGGGAGGAGAAAAACGUCUCGUUGAUCACCCCCUUCGGGAGGGGUGGAAGGAAAGCGAACGUUCACAUGCGCAUCAUAUUACACGACCGCGCAAACGGUAACACCUAAGACACUCACACGAUAUUUAGAUGAUAGAUACUGCGUAUAUUUUUAUUAACUCGCGUAUAACGAGAUAAGAGAGAAAAGCGGAGGAUUAUGCGGUGCUGGUGUUGGCUCUCGCAUGCGUCUUACGAGAAAACGCGAGCACCUGCUCUUCUCUCUCUCUCUCUCUGUCCGCAUUCACGUGUCUGCCAGUGAUUUGAAAGUUUCUUUAAGUCGAGAUGCAUAGUUAAACAUAUAUACGUAUGUACGUAUGCAUAUGUACUAUAUACAUAUAUAUAAUGAGUUUGUAAAUAAUCUUUCUUUAUAUAUAUACAGAAAUGAAAUUCGAAAUUAUAUCUAUCUAUCAGAGUUACUUAUGUAUGUGCAUAUAUAUAUAUAUAUAUGUAUGUAUGUAUGUAUAUAUGUACAUAUAUAAGGAAAGGAGCACUCGCUGACACGUGUAGCGGAUAAUGAACGAAACGGCCGGUCGCGUAUCGUAAUUUUCGCAAACCGAGCGAACGAAUUGUGCAACGGUAAAAAUUUGUGUACACGAAAACGCGGAAGAACAGAACGAGAUGAGGUAUUUGGAUCGCGGCGAUUCACGCGCAAGUAAAGUUUAUUCUCUCGACGAAACUUCAUUCCAUUCACGAUGUGUUAUUUAUUUUAAAUCGCAAAAGUCUCUAAUUUUAAUCCGGUCGCGAGAUGGCGAAUUACAGUCGCUGAGAAAUUUAUUCGAAUCGCUUCUUACUGUAUUUCUCGAUUACUGUAGUUCUCGAGAAAACACGAAAAUUGAAGAUGACGGAAAAGAGAGAAGUGCAUAAAUUUCCUCAAUCUCUUUGGUUCUUCCGCGACAUUAGAAACAACUUCUUCCUCAGGAUCAUAACGUUAUUUAUGCAAAAAAAAAACGCACAAGAUUGUAGAACAGGAGUUAUCUCAUAAUGAUUCUAGAGUAGCGAUUAUAUUAUUAAUAAUCGAAUUGCAAAACACGUAGAUAUAAUAUUAUAAAUAAUGCACAAAGUAUGUGUGAGGGGGCAAAUUAUUACAGUCUUGAGAUAAAAAUAUUUCUUUUAUUUAUCUGUUGUUUAUGUAUUACAAUAUUUUUGCACGUAAAUAAAAAAGAUUAAGACGGUAAAAAAUAACGUAGCAUAUUUUUAAUGAUAUUUAAGUGAUUACUUCACAAGUAUCUCUUCCAUAGUGUAAACUAUCUAUUUAUAAGACUGAAGUGAUACGAUUGUUUCUCUUUUAAUGUGAUUGCAAUCUGUAUAUUUGAAAUAAUGACAGUCUAUAUUUGUAAUUUAUGAAUAUUAUAAUUAAUACAAAAAUCAUUUACUUGCUCUAAAGCUGAGAAUAGAUGUUCGACGAGGUUCUUUGUUUUUGUAAAGCAGUGAGGGUUACACGUCACUACUCUGGAAUCAAAAUUGAGAAUUCUCAAGGAUACCAUGGUCUUCCAUAACGAAUGUCACGCGAGAAAAUUCUUCGACAACGGCAAACGCCGUAAGCACUAUCGAGCAGCGGAAUUUAUCGAAGCGCUCGUCCCGAGAUGAAGAAAUUGUUUCUAUUCUACGAUGAACGCACGUGCGGAUCCUUUGUGAUAAUAUGUAAUGUAUGACACCUAUACGUACACACGUACACGCAUACACUAUUCUCGCAUGCGCGAAACACUGGAAUAAGACCAGUUCUUUCAGUGCCCUUGAUUAUACGCGAUCGGCAUUUACGAUGCCACACGUUGUCAGGUUAUGACGUUGUAUAUCAUGGCGCUAAAGGACUCGAGAAGAUGACAAUGCGUAAGGUCAUCGACAAACAAAAUCCUUUAAUCGGUUCUCGAUAAGCCGAGGAUUCGACUUUAACGGCUCUACAAACAACAGGUCCGUGGAUAAUGAGAGUCGACGACGAUAGGCUCGAGCCUGAAAUACCGGACCGACACUUUUAGGGUUCCUCAACUUGAUGUCUACAAAUUAUAUACGUACAUUAUCGAGAGGGUGGCUGAUUAUUAAUUUUUUUUUUUUUUGAAUUCACACCGAAAACCCGGAAUGUGACGUCCUCGGUGCGUCGAUGCUCGGAAGAUCGAUCAGUCAUCCGUCGUUGCAUCGUGUAGCAAAAUGUUUCCUUAGAACUGUGAUUGUUUUGUCUCGCAAAGCCAUCUACAUACUUCCACAUAAGAGGAAUAAUGUUCGUUAUAUUUUACUAGAGGAGAGUAUUCUUCUAAAGAGCACGUGUAUUAGUGUUGCGCGUCUUGUACGAUGAUGGACAAGCGAGAAAACGCGAUCCCGUGUUUUCGGUGUGAAAUCGGCAAAACAGCGGAAGUGCCUUCCCCUUGCACUCUAUACACCAUUGCACACACACGCGUAUACAACAGAUGCCUACAUUAUUUAAACUCGCGACACAAGAGAGAAACACUACGAUAAAAAAAAAAAAGAACUUACACGCGCGAUAUAUAUAUGAUUAUAUUUAUAUAUCCUUAUUAAACAAAUUAUAAUAUUAAUAUAAUAAUGAAUUACAUAUAUACACGUACGUAUUUGUCGUUGUUGCAUGUAAGUUAACCGCGAUGCAACGAAGGAAGGAAAAGAGUACAUACUUGGCAAGAUAAAGCUGAUUACACGUAUACAGGAAAUUAUUUUGUGGACUAUGUGUAUAUAUAUAAAGCUGCAUAUACACACAUGUUCGAGUUACACUAUUACGAUAGACACUAUUACGAGAAAGAGAAACAUUUUACGAAUAUAACUAUAUACAACACAUACAUCUAGUAUUUAUUAUUAUGUAAUGUAUACUGUGUCUUUAAAAUUCUUCAUUGUACAUUAUUAUACAUAUUUGUAU